AUCUCGUGGCUGCUGGAGCCCAUCUCAGGGCCUGACCAGCUCAGAGCUGCUGCGCAUGCGCACCGGAGCAGCGCUAAUGGCGGAGAGCGUGCGGUCGCCGUUCGAUUACCGGGAGCCCCCGACCCUCGACAGCGACGGGGAUGGAGGAAAGCCGCCGCCGCCGCGCGGGCGAGUGUGUGGCAGGAAGAGGAAGGGGACGCCGGUGAAGGUGUGUGAAAGAGCGGCGUAUGUGACGGAGGACGAGGAGGAGAGUCUGUCUGAGCACAGUUACAGCCCAGGGGAUGAGCAGUACACAGAGGGAGCUGAAGACCGGAUUCCUGCGCCGAGCAGCCCGUUCUUCCUCACCGACCCGGCACAGCUCUGUGUGCCAGAGCUGGCUGAAGAGGGCGCUAGCGGCGUCCGCGGUCCUGUGCUGUUCCACCCAGCGCCCAACUGCAGGAUUAGAGAGGUGCAUUGUGGGAGUCAGGUCCGGCUCGUCGUCAUAGCCAUUCGAGACAUUGCCAAAGGCGAGGAGAUCACAGUGGACUACAGCCUGACCGACUGGGGAGAAAAUGCCAUGGGCUUUCAUACUUCAGUGUCCCCGCGCGGGUUUGAAUGUGGAUUCAACCCAGAGAGCAACAUCAAGAAGGAGGAGGAGCCGGGUUCACUCCCAAUGUCUCUCAGCGUUUCUGACUACCUCACUCCGUCAUGGUCCCUGUCUCCCUCCUCCUCUCCGCUGUCUCACUCCGAGGCCAGCGACUCCGACCAAGAGGAGGACGAAGAGGAGGAGGACGACGACGAUGAUGAUGAUGACGAUGACGAAGAUGAUCUGGAGGACCUGCGGGGCCGCAUGAUGAGACGCCGCAAGAAACAGAAAACCUCGGCGACCGUCAAGAAGAAAGCCCAGCCCCGCCCCCUGUCCUUCACAUGCCCCGCCCCCUCCUCGCCGACGCCCUUCCAGCAGCCUCUAGCCCCGCCCACCACCAACAUAAACAAUAACAUAAACAUAAACAUCGGCGCGAGCGGCGCGCUCUCCCGGAGACAGCACUGUCCCUACUGCGGCCGUCACUUCCGCUCGCUCGCUAGGCACCUGGAGAAACACCACGAGCAGCAGCCCGAGGUCCGAGCCGCCAUGGAGCUGUCGCACCCCCCCGCCUCCUCGCACCCCGUCACAUCUCCCUCUCAGCCCUCGUCCUCCCUGUUUCCCCGCGAGCGAGACGCUUCGUCUUCAGCGCCGAAGUCCGGAGGCGUCUCCUUCUCGCUCUCGCUGUCUCCGCCUCCUGCCUCCAAUACCGCAAAAAAGAGCUCAGCGACAGCGCCUAAAAACAAGAGCCCGGCCGUCUCGCCCAAGCCUCCCGCCAGGAGAGGACGGCCGCCGAAGAAAGAGAAAGAACAGCAGCAGAAGAAGCAGGAGGAGGUGGAGGAGAAGAAUCAAGAAGACGGAGGCGCAGAGGAGAAGAACAGUGACGUGGCGAGCUCUGGGCGCUCUCACAUGCCUCCUCUGCUGUCGUCGCUCUCCACACUGGUGCUGUAUCUCCGGCGGCAGCAGCACUCCUCGUUCCUGUCUCUGUCGCGCGCUCCUCCGUCCGCCGAGGCCUGGCGUCUGCUCUGCCACUCCAGCCUGGCCCUGCUGAUCCUCUACAACCGGCACCGCGAGUGUGAGGUGGCCAAGCUCACGCUGCAGGACUACCGCAGCCGCGCUGCUCCCUCCUCUCCCUCGCUCGACUCCUCGCUCUCCCCGUUCGAGCGCGCCGUCCUCGGCCAGCUCCCGUGUGUUAGCGUGCUGGGCAAACGCGGCCGCCUCCAGCCGCUCAUCCUUCCUCCGCACUCGGAGGCGUGUCUGGAUCUGCUCCUGGAGACGUCUGCAGACGUGGGCGUGGAUCCCCAGAGCCCCUAUGUGUUCUCCCGGCCGUAUCACUCCCCGGCCACGCCGCUGCGCGGAACCGACCUGCUGCGGAGCCUGGCGCGCUCUAGCGGCGCUAAGAACCCCGCGACGCUCACCGCCCCCCGCGUGCGGCGACAGGUGGCCAUCCUGACCCAGCUGCUGCUGCUGGAGGAGGGAGAGCGCGCCGCCAAACGCCUGGAGGACUUCCUGCAGAGGGAGUAUCACGUGAGCCAGAGCUGCGCUCGGAUUGGCCAGGACCCGGCGCUGAUGAACCGCGUGGGGAGAGUGGUUCUCUACGGAGAGAGAGAGGGAGUGCUGUUCAGAGGAAUGAGCCUGCAGCACAUCUGCCUCGAGCUGGACGUGAUGUCGGGGAACUCUGGCGACUCUUUCUCUGAUGACUCUGAUGGAGAGGCCAGUAAGAGUAAAGACACUGGAAAGAAGAAAGGGUCGCGUAAUCGAGCGCCGCGGCCGAAGAAGAGCAGCAGCCCUCAUCAGUCCACCAGCACACCGUCAGCGGCACACAAGAGACGCAGCGCUCAGGUCAAGUCCGGGAAGCGCGGCGUGCUGAAGCGGCCGUGGUCGGAGGCGGAGCGAGUCGCCGUGGAGACGCACCUGAAGAGGAACAUCAUGGAGCUGCGUGUUCCUUUGGGUCUUGAUGGACUGGUGGCUUUGAACUCGUGUGGAAAAGAGUUGCGUGAAGAUUCAUUCAGCUCGGUGAUGGCAGAAUUGUGUUGGAUUUUUCCUGAACUCUUCUUCUAA